GUGAGGGAAGUGGAGGUGCAAGCGAGUGAGUGCUAUUGUGUGCUUUCUCCCUGCGGAUACUUGAAGCCUUUUUGUGGGGGGAUCUGACGUGCAAGCGGGACCCUUUGCUAGGGAUGUUCGACCACCGGGACGCACUUGUUGGCUAAAGAAGGAGGUGUUGGUAUAUAAAUGAACAUUUCUUCAGCAUCAAGGAAGUGCCCAGGUCAUGAAACUUAACCCACAGCAAGCUCCACUGUAUGGUGACUGUGUCUUAACCGUGCAGCUCACAGAAGAGCGUGAAUUAGUAGAUGAUGUCGUUUUCUUCCUUCUGUUUGUUGGCUCCACAAGCAAGCAUUUAACCAGCACUCGGAAAGUUAAUUCCGCAACGCUAGAAACCAUUACCCCAGGCCAUGACUGUUGUGAGCGAGUAAAGGUUUCCCUGUGUGCUUCCAAGAAAGACUCUUGUGUUGUGGUGGCAGAAGAGGACUUUGAUUAUAUUCAAGAUGAGGCAUAUGACUCGGCUCAGUUUUUAGCUGCUAAUGCAGGCAACCAGCAGGCACUUAUAUUUGCCAGGUUCUUAGAAAAAUCAAGACCAUCUACAGGGGAUGCCACAGUUCUGGAUGAGAGGAUCACAUUGGCUUUUCAACAUCUAAGCUUGCCAAGUGGAUGGAGUGUUCUUGGAACAGACCCUUGCAUAAAAGAUGGCCACCUGCAGGAGACGUUGAUGCACUUUGCUGCAAGACUGGGUCUCUGCCAGCUGGCACAGUUCCUUCUGAAGCAGCCUGAUGGUAGAACAGCUCUCACUAUAUACAAUAGUGAAGGGGCUACUCCUUUAAGCCUGGCAUUAGAAAGAGGCUUCCUGAAAUUACAUCACCUCUUUACAGAGUAUGGAAUUUUAUGUUUUACUGUUUACUUUCUGUGCUUGAUAUGACAUGUACUUUCUCAGCAGAGCACACAAUUAGACUUUGUCCUCAUGCCUAUUGAUGUUAAAGGGCAAUAGCACACAGGUUGCUGCUCUUGUUGGGCCGAAUCCUAAACCGACACUGUGUAAAGUGUACAUAAAUAAAUGAAUGGGAUGGUUUGCAAAUAAUUAUACCAUUUGCAAUGAAAUACAGGGUCUUAAAGACAGCAUAUCAAGUGCUGAUUCCAAGACAUUUUAUUGUUUUAUGAAAAAUAUUUGUUGAUUUUGAAAUGUGCAACAAAAUACUUGAAAAAGUUGUGUAAUGCUAAAAAGAGUGGAGGGGCUCUCAGAAAUAAAUUUGUGGUGGGGUACAGCAUUCUGUGAAACACUGCCUGGGCAAAUAUUGGCAAAAAUGUAGGAAUGAUAUUCCUCAACGUAAAAAUUGCAAACAAUUUGGGAGUUUCAUCAUCUACAGUAGAUACUAUCAUUAAAAUAUUCAGAGAAUAGGGAGAAAUCUCUCUCUACAAGGGACUAAGCCGAAAGCCAUAUUUGGAUGGCUGUGAUUUUUGGGUUAUCAGAUGGCAGUGCAUUAAAAACCAACACAAUUCUGUAGUGGAAAUCACUGAAUGGGUUCAGGAAUACUUCCCCCCAACCAUUGUUUUUCGACACAGUUUAUUAAAACCCCCACCAUGCACCCCCACUAUAAAUAUGAUCCAGAACACGCACAUCUUUUCUGGGCCCAUAUGUUGCCAUACAAACAGUGUAUUUUUCAGGGAAGCUGACAAAGCCAAACUACAUUCUGCACAUAUUACGUCAUCGAUCCAUAGUAUAAAGGUCAACUACCUGCAGUCUAGACCUCUCACCCAUUGAAAACAUUUGAUGCACUGUUGAAAAGCUGAAAUCCUAUAUCGGGCAAAACAACAUUUCACUUUACUCAAAACUAUAGCAUUUGAUCUUCUUGGUUCCCAAUGACAUUAAAAGAAGAGCUGAUUCAGCGAAGUGGGAAACAUUCUCCGUGCCAACAUUUUUUUUUUGAAAAAGUGUUUCUGGGAUGGAAUUAAAAAUAAUCAUAUAUUUUUAAUUAAUCAAAAUUUCUCGGUUUCAAAAUUUUAUAUGCUGUCUUUGUACCAUUUGCAAUUAAAUACAGGGUUUACAUGGUUUAUAACUUUAUAACUCUAUAUGGGACCUAGGCCAUUUUGGAAGAUUAAGGCUGAAGAACUGCAAGUACUGUUACAUUACAGUGGAUGACCAGCUUUGUUGCCCAAUGUAACUAUUCAGAGAACCUGACUCACUGGUCUGCUAUAGUGAUGUGCGUGCCGGCCUGAAGCCAGCGGGACCCACGGGUUUACCUGGGGGUCGGGCAGGUUCGGCCUGACUUUCGCAGUAUGUCCUUGGGCCACAGGCAAUUUCGUGCUGAAUUUUAGCCUCCAUUAUCCCCACCCACAUCCUUCUUCUGUCCCACUUCCGCCUCUGCAUGCACCUUUUUAUAUACUUGCGCAGGCCCCACCCCAGCACUUUUGUGACUUCACAGUGGUGUCGAUAUAUACAGAGGGGAGCAUGCGCUGGAUUUGGAUAAGGGUGCGGACUGGGGCGCAGUGGGUUAGGGUCGGUGCGGGUCGAGUUUUUCUUGACCCACCCAUCACUAAUCUGCUACUAGGGAUCUAAUUCAUAUAAAACAUUUGUAACAAAUGAAAUGCAGAUGAAAAACGUCAUUCUUUGUUGUGUACUAUUUGAAAACAAUGAAUGCAAUGCAAAAAAUUUUGACCAAACUCUGUUGCGUGUGCAUGCAAACGUGCUGACACCAUAGUUCCGUGUUCAGGUAGGACAGAAGGCUAAUUACUGCUUUGGUGCUGAUUCUCAGCCUGUGUAUCCAACAAUCGAGUAUCAGCCCCCUAUCCCUGAGAUCAAAACACCUUAUCUGUACAUAAGGGAUACCCAGAAUAAAUCCUUUUUAGACAGAUUUGGUAUUAACUCAACUCAGUUUUAACUGAAUGUGCUCACCACUAAUUUUUAAAACCAUUAGGUGGGGGUGCAAUGAGGCUGUGACCACAAAAUACAUAUAGACAAAUACAAGAGACAUUUUGUGCAUACUGCUACUGAAAAAUGCCUUACCCUUUAAACAAAACUCCCAAACUUGGCUGCCCUUUUAUGAGACACCAGUGGGAUCACCUAACUACAGCUGGGAAGGGUGGGAGCUACAACGUGUGUAUGUAUGUAUGUAUGUAUAUAUGUAUGUAUAUAUAUAUAUAUAUAUAUAUAUAUAUAUAUAUAUAUAUAUAUAUAUAUAAUACAUACAGAUCAGGGAUCCAUUAUCUGGAAAGCUCUGAAUUACAGAAAGGCCUUCUCCCAUAGACUCCAUUCUAAUUAAAUAAUCCAAAUAACGAAACAGUACCUUGUACUUGAUCCAAACAAAGAUAUAAUUAAUCCUUAUUGGAAACAAGACCAGCCAAUUGGGUUUAUUUAAUGGUUGACAUGAUUUUCUAGUAGACUUAAGGUAUGAUCCAAAUUACAGAAAGAUCCUUUACCUGGAAAACCAUAGGUCCUGAGCAUUCUGGAUAGCAGGUCCAAUACCUGUAUUAAGGUAUGUGUGCAAGAAGAUAUAUGUAAAUGUCCAUGACGCUAUAUUUCUUAGUAUUCAUAACUGGUCUGUCCAGCCUGUGAUCUUUUAGCUUUUGUUAAACUUCAACAUUGCACUUCCCACUGACUGCUGACGGCUUAUUUCUAUUAUUAUUAUUAUUAUUAUUAUUAUUAUUAUUAUUAUAAGUAGUAGUAGUAGUAUUAUACUUUAGCAACAGAUGAUGAGCCACAAGUUGAGCAUCCCUUGCAUAUAUAUUUGUUCAUGCUCCGUUUAGGCCAAACUUUAUUGACCUUUUCUUUUGUAUAACUGCACUGUGUUUUGUACUUGUUUAUGAAACCGCAAUUACUUUCUGUAAAAUCUAUAUUUAAAAUGUUGUGGGACUAGCUAUAAAAAAAAAAACACAAACAAUAUCCUAUAGAUUUCCUUCAGCACAUGAGCACACGUGUGCAAAUGCCUUAUUUCCACCUUUCAUAUUAAAGUUACUGUUUUAAA